GACUGUGCAUCAACCCUUAGAUCUUUCCCCAUUGUCAUUUUUGAUCAUUCCAAUUAUAUCUGCAUUGGACUGCAUAAUAAUACAAUGAAUAAUAUAGAGACCUGGACGCGUUUGUCGACUAGUUCUGAUCUAGUUUGGCAUGCGUUACAGGGGUUUAAAAUCCAUGGGUAAGUGUUCAGGCUGGAGAGGAAAGGUCAGACUAAGGCACUUGGACGGUUCACUGUGUGAGCAGCGAGCUAGCUGGGUUGCUGAAAGAAAUACAUCAUUGCUGUUCUCGGCCCGCGUGAUCGGUUUCUGUCAAGUGUGCCCUCCAACUAUAGACGGAAUCCGAAGAUUCCUCCUUGCAGUCUGGAGACCUGUCAACCCCGGAAAUCUCCGCGUAGGCUGAUCAACUGGACAGUUGCUGCUGCGACCGCCCAGGUUGGCUCUCUGGAGAUUUACAACGCGGUUAACCCUACCCCUGUGUUAAGUGGGCACAGCGACAUUUGACUUGCACCGUUCCAGUCGGGUAACUGCUCAGUGCUUUCUUUCUCUCUCUCCCUCUCUCUCUGUAUCCCCGCCGCGGUCGCCUGCCUUUCGGGAGAGCAAUGGGAAGCCACGGCUUCGGCGAGACGGAAAGAUUGAAGAAGUGUAAGAGUUUCCAGGAACUACGUGUGGCCAAGACGCAGAGCGCCCUGCCUCGCAAAGGAUGGGGUUCGGUUCUUGCGGGCAGCGAGAUGCAACGACAGCAGAGCAGGUUGCCGGCCAAGAGGGACAAGGAGAAGAGGCGACAGGACCACCGGACAGUACAGAGCCAGCGCUCCAAGCCCGGCACCAGCAGCACCAGGCUGGCCAGUCCCACUGGGAACAUGUAUGAACCCCGGCCCGCCAGGUCCUUCUCGGCGGUGGAAGCCCGGGCUGCGAUGCGCUCAGUGCUGGAGGCCAAGCUGAACGGUGCCAAGUAUGAGCCCCAGGGCUCUGCGCUGGCGGCCGUGGAACUGGCCGAGUGUGUGAAGAAGGCAGUGAAAGCUUUGGGUUACGAGAGGUACAAGAUCGUGUGCUACUUGGUGCUGGGGGCGACGAGGCCCUCUGAUCUCUCGUGUUCCAGCAGAGCCGUGUGGAGUCCGGCCGUCGACACCUAUGCUGAAUUUUGCUUCCAGAACGAUUCGCUCUUCGCACUCUGCCUGGUGUUUGCCUUGUACCACGAAUAACGUCCCGCAAGCGCUUGCAAAUCAUGGAAAUCGUUUGAAAAAUCGAAUAAAUUCUUAUCGCCCGAAAACUGCGAGAAAAAAUAAAUCAGGAUUAAGGCUCCAACCGGAGACUCUUUCAGAUAUUGAGCGCUUGAAGGGCUAUCCAAUGAUCGUCUAAUUACAGUAGGACUUGGUAGUGAAUAAAGCUAACAGUCUAGGGACAUGCUAGUGAAUGGAUACAGAGAGACUGCUGAGACACAAGAGAUCAAACAGAAAGAAUGAAACUCUGUAACCGGGUUGUUUUUCACCUAGCGCCCAGUCUGUUAUCAGAAAUGCAAGUUUAAAUUUCACAGUUGGCAUUUGUUAUUUCUCCAUUUAUUGUUCAUCCUUUGCAUUUAAAAAAAGUUAAUUCA